UUCAAGAUGACUUCUAUACCUGCAUCCAGCUGGAGUGCAAAUGAGAGCAGCAGCUGGAACACGAGCUUUUCUGGGUCAGGAGGCAACUGGGGGCAGCCUCUGGGAGCUCAGGCUGGUAACAUCUCCUCCCCUUUAGCACCCACAACAGCUAACUUCUCCAACCAAUUUGUGCAGCCCUCCUGGCGCAUUGCCCUGUGGUCUCUGGCUUAUGGCGGGGUGGUGGCCGUGGCCGUCCUUGGCAACCUGAUUGUCAUCUGGAUCAUCUUGGCUCACAAGCGUAUGAGGACAGUGACUAAUUAUUUCCUGGUGAAUCUGGCCUUCUCGGAUGCCUCCAUGGCUGCUUUCAACACCCUCAUCAACUUCAUCUAUGCCCUGCACAACGAGUGGUACUUUGGGGAGGCUUACUGCCGCUUCCACAACUUCUUCCCCAUCACUGCAGUCUUUGCCAGCAUCUACUCCAUGACAGCGAUUGCCGUGGACAGAUACAUGGCCAUUAUCGAUCCCCUGAAGCCCAGACUGUCUGCAACUGUAACGAAGGUGGUCAUUGGCGGUAUAUGGAUUUUGGCUUUCCUUCUUGCAUUUCCCCAGUGCCUCUACUCCAUAACCAAAGUGAUGCCUGGAAGAACUCUUUGCUAUGUAGCAUGGCCAGGUGGUCCAAAACAGCACUUUACGUAUCAUGUCAUUGUGAUUGUAUUAGUGUACUGCUUUCCACUGCUUGUCAUGGGUAUCACUUAUACCAUAGUUGGAAUUACCCUUUGGGGAGGAGAGAUUCCAGGUGACACAUCUGACAAAUACCACGAGCAGCUCAAAGCUAAGAGAAAGGUGGUAAAAAUGAUGAUUGUCGUUGUGUUGACAUUUGCAAUCUGCUGGUUGCCCUACCACAUUUACUUCAUAGUUACUGGGAUCUACCAACACUUAAAUCGGUGGAAAUAUAUUCAGCAAAUCUACCUAGCCAGCUUUUGGCUGGCCAUGAGCUCCACCAUGUACAAUCCCAUUAUCUACUGCUGCCUUAAUAAGAGAUUCCGAGCUGGUUUCAAGAGAGCAUUCCGUUGGUGCCCAUUUAUCGAAGUGUCUAGCUAUGAUGAGCUGGAGCUCAAGGCAGCCAGGUUUCAUCCCACCAGACAAAGUAGCUUGUACACUGUGUCCAGAAUGGAGUCUAGCACAACAGUAGUGUUUGACCCCAAUGAUGGAGAUCAUUCCAAGUCCACCCGUAAGAAAAGAGCUGCUUCGCGGGACACAAGCUUCAAUGGCUGUUCACGCAGGAAUUCCAAAACCACCUCUACAACCUCGAGUUUUAUCAGCUCACCCUAUACAUCAGUGGAUGAGUAUUCUUAAGGCUCUGGGUAAAUUUGUGAUGGGUGUGAAAAGAGCAGUAUUGUACAUGAAAAGAGACAAUACUAUUCUACUUUAGAACCAAUAUCCAAGCUACAGGAUGGCAGUCAAGAUUCAGUCGAUGAACCCUUGUUGUAAAUACCGUAUGACUUACUGGCCCGGCUUACGUUUGUGCUUUGGAAAAAAAGAGGAACUAUAAGACGUCUGUUUACAUGAGUAUGAAAACAGAGUGGCAUCUUGUACAUGGAAAUGUUUGUAAGAAUUAUUUAAAACAUUACAACAUAAAACUCUUGCUCGUUCAUUAGGAUCAAAUGCUGACCUAUAGCUGACUUGCUGAUAUUUAAGUUUCACUGACCGAAAUGUAACCAGACAACUUCAAAAUAACUACAGUUCAAACUUUACUGAAUUUUUAUAUUAUUUGUGAAUUUUACAGGAGGAAAGUUACAUAAGAUUGGGUUAAAAAUUCCUUUUGUAUCAAGUCCUGAUAAGUUCCAAAUCCAGUCUGCUGUUGUAUAAACUCAUGUGAGUGAUCCUAUUGAAGUCAAUGUGGAUGGGAUUCAGCUCUGUGCAGAGGUCAAACUGUGCACCACUUUAAUCCCAUUUAAGACUAACUCAAACCCCAAAAUAGGGUUUAAGUAGUUCAUAGGCCUUGUUCUGGCCCCUGUACAUGAAGGAAUACCAUCUUGUGUGCCAGAGGGUCCUGU